UGCCAGCCAUUCUGUGUGAAUCACUCUGUGAUUGAUGCUGGCCGGUUAUAACCACAUCCCUGUUGAGCCGUUGGGUAGAUCACACGGCUGUCAUGCUUAUUUUAAAGGAGACCAGUGGAAACAUUCCUCCCAUCUAACGGGGCUCAGACUACCCUGCCUGUGUCGCGUGCAUGGUGCUCUCGCGACCAGCUGUGCGAAGCGGUGCUGCCUCGCGAGUGAGCGAAGGCAGGAGGAUGGCACUACGUUGGACCGUCGGUCUGUGGUUGUCCUCGGCCAUCUAUUAAGGGCUUAAUUAGUUCGCAACAAACGUUCACGGCCGACUGGGGAGGAAGCGACGAUAAGGGCACCCCCUGUGGUUAUGGAAACCGAAUCCAGGCUUAAGGGUUUCUGAUCAGAUUGGCUCCAAGGCACACCAGCUGCACAGUCAGGUGACAACCAGGUCCAGUGAGGAGGGAGACCAGUACUGAGUCUUAGAGACCCUCUUACCAUACCUACACUGUGUCAUCCCUUUCACACCAUCCUCAGCACCAUGUCAAUCCCCAGCAGCAGCCCAGAAAGGGAGAGCUCUGCUGGAGUUCAGCUCGAGUGCCCCUCUUCUCCUCCUGGCAUGGACGCAGACCCUCCAUCAACAGGCAGCCCAGUGCUUAGUCCAGACUCUUCCUCCCAUGAUGCAGUGCUGUCAGCACCAGCAGCCUCUCCAGCAGACUCUGAGAAUCUGAGUCCAGAUGAACUUGAGCUGCUGGCCAAACUGGAGGAGCAGAACAGGUUGUUGGAGGCUGAUUCCAAGUCAAUGCGAUCUAUGAGCGGCUCACGACGCAACAGCGGCUCCUCAUUGGUGUCCAGUUCCUCUGCCUCAUCCAACUUGUCACACUUUGAGGAAGAUACCUGGAUUUUAUGGGGUCGUAUUGUUAAUGAGUGGGAGGAGUGGAGACGCAAAAAGGACAAACUUCUGAAGGAGUUGAUAAGGAAAGGUAUCCCCCAUCAUUUUCGUGCCAUUGUGUGGCAGCUUCUGGGCAACGCCACUGACAUGCCCGUGAAGAACCAGUACUCUGAGUUGCUGAAGAUGUCGUCUCCUUGCGAAAAGCUAAUCCGUAGGGACAUCGCCCGCACCUACCCGGAGCACGAGUUCUUCAAAGGCCAAGACAGCCUGGGGCAGGAAGUCCUCUUCAAUGUCAUGAAGGCAUAUUCCCUUGUAGAUCGAGAGGUGGGUUACUGCCAGGGCAGUGCAUUCAUCGUUGGCUUGCUUCUAAUGCAGAUGCCAGAGGAAGAGGCUUUUUGUGUGUUUGUGCGUCUGAUGCAGGAGUACCGUCUGAGGGAACUGUUCAAACCCAGCAUGGCAGAGCUUGGCCUCUGCAUCUACCAGUUUGAAUAUCUGCUGCAGGAGCAACUUCCAGAGCUGAACAUCCAUUUCCGCUCCCAGAGUUUCCACACGUCCAUGUACGCCUCUUCCUGGUUCCUCACCCUAUUUCUCACCUUCCUCCCUUUACCUGUCGCCACGCGCAUCUUUGAUAUAUUUAUGUAUGAGGGCCUAGAGAUUAUCUUCCGUGUAGGUCUGGCCAUCCUACAGUACAACCAAACUGACCUCAUUCAGCUCGACAUGGAGGGAAUGUCACAGCAUUUCCAGAAGGUGAUCCCCCACCAGUUUGACAGCUGCCCUGACAAACUGAUCCUCAGGGCCUAUCAGGUCAAAUACAACCCCAAGAGGAUGAAGAAACUUGAGAAAGAAUACACCACAAUUAAAAAUAAAGAAAUGGAGGAGCAGAUUGAGAUUAAGAGAUUACGCACAGAAAACAGGCUGCUCAAGCAGAGGAUUGAAACACUGGAGAAGGAGAGUGCCGCUCUGGCAGACAGACUGAUACAGGGUCAGGUGACUCGAGCACAGGAAGCAGAGGAGAACUAUGUUAUCAAACGGGAGCUGGCGGUAGUGAGACAGCAGUGCAACGCAGCCAGCGAGAACCUUGAGAAAGCCCAGGAUACCAUCAGGGAGCUGCAACAGCAGAGGUACACAGAGCAGUUUGUGACCAAUCUGCAGACGCAACUCGAGCAGUCCCGACUGCGUGAGGCCGAAUUGCUCGGGGCACUGAAAGAAAUGCAAGACAAGGUGCUGGAUCUAGAGAAGAGGAGCAGCUGCCUGCCUGAUGAGAACAACAUGGCCGCUCUGCAGGAAGAGGUGAAGCAGAUGAAGCUGAGGGAGCUGGAGAUGCUGCGCUCUUUCAGAGAGAUGCAGGACACUGUCACCGAUCUCAACCAGCGGUGGCAGCAUCACAUGUCGCGUGGCAGCAGUACUGGCAGCGGCGGAGGCCACUGGAAGGAAUCCCCGAAGAAGAACGCAAUGAACGAAUUGCAGGACAAGCUGAUGACGGUCCGACUGAGGGAGGCACAGGCCCAGGCUGAGCUCAGAGAGGUCAAGCUCAAAGCCCUGCAGCUGGAGAGCCAGAACCAGAUCCACAGUAAACUGAUUGGUCGUCAUGAGCAGGAACGGUCCGCCCUGCAAGAUCGGCUCCAGAUGUUAGCCAAUCAGAAUAAGGCUCUGCAGGCCCAGCUCAAUGAGAUGAAAAGGAAGCAGGCAGAGUUGGACUGCAAGAGUAAAGAGGAGGUGAUGGCAGUGCGACUAAGGGAGGCAGACAGCAUGGCUGUCAUGGCUGAAUUCAGACAGAAGAUCGCUGAACUUGAGAUUCAGAAAGAAGAAGGGCUGAUCAAAGGCCAGCUGAACCAUUCGGACUCAAGGCAGUACAUCACCCAGCUCCGGGACCAGAUUGCUGAGCUUAAGAACGAGAUCAGGCAGCUACGAGGGCAGAAGGCAGCUCCUAGCUCCAGGAUCAGCUGUGGAGGAGGAAGCACCAACUACCAGGACCUGUGCUUGGCCAGCCCCGCCUCUGCUGAGGGAGACUACCUUAGCUCAGAUGAAGACCUCCUCAACAGCCCGCUACCCGCCACCAGCCUGUACCCCACACUGUCCGACCCGUGUCACUCAUCUCCCCGGCUCGACAGUGAAGGCAGCACGGACAGCGAGGCAGAGGAGCGGGUAGAGACACAUCCUGACCCACAGCAGCUAUAUGGCAACCUGGUGUGUGCUGAUGUGCUGGAUAAUUGAGACCUGGAAAGGGUUUACUCAUUCCUUUGCAUUUUUCCACCCUAAGGAGACUCUAGGAACAACUGCUAGUUGAUUGUAUUAAUCAAUCAAAUCCUCUUUGGCUUUUCCAGUGUUUACCUUUUAUGUGAUGCAGACAUGGUGGCGCUGAAUGGCUCCCUUCUGUUCAUCUCCUGUUCUCUCUAGUCCAGACUAUCCCAACUUCACAACAAAGUGUUAUCCAUUGUUCCUUCAAGAAGCAGCAUUAUUUGUGUGCCAGACAGAAUCAAACUCAUAUCCUUCAAAGCAUUAUCACAUGACAUACAUACAGAGAAAAUAAACUGAAUCACAACUGUUGCUGCUCGCUGUUCAAGAUCUGUGACAAGGAGAGAAACACAGUUCCUAAGUCUCUAUGAAUGGAGUUUUACAGCCAUGACACAUUGUACACCCUGUCUAUCUUUACAAAAUCUACAUAAUAUCUUGGUACUCACUUUUCUCCUGUGGAAAACGUCUCUCAGCCAUCUGUUCCCCUGUGUAGACAAUGACUUAACAAGAUGAAGCUUGCAGAAAUGAGGAGUACAUUAGAGGAACAGACACAACCCGUAAGGUUAUGCAACAAGAUGGUUUUCUCAAAUAAUUCAUAUUGAAUACUUGUCUUGUCAGUGUGUAGCUUGCAGUUGUCAAGAAGCAAGCAUGUUAAUACAACAGUUCAUGUUUAAACAUAUUCAAAAUAGCCCGCAGAAAAGGUAGAAAGUCAAAGUUGCCAAAUCAUUUUUCUUUUUUUAUUUUAAUUAGUAUCUAUAUGAUUUAAUUUAUUUUGGUAUAUUUUCAAUUUUUUUAUAUACCUGUAUAAACUUUAGUCAUUAUAGGGAUACCAAUAGAGGCCAAACUUUACAUUGUCCUUUGUGCCAACCUGUCAUUUCUUGUGGGUUUACUAUGACACUGUUUCAGAGACAGAACAAUGUGCUGCUAUGAUUUAGAAUUUUUCCUCUUUUAGGUUUUGUUGUUGUUGUUUUUAAUUGUUGUUUUACUGAAAACAUGUCACUUUCUCAUAUGCGCCACAGUUAAAGUUGGGCAUUGCUUUGUUGGAGGAGAAGGAAAACCGUUGAACUAGUAUUCUUGGAAUACUAAGCAAUGAUGGAAAGCCUUUCUUCAAAUGCAGCUUCUCUGUGAGAAACAGAAAUAGGUUUGGCCUUUAUUUCACAGUCCUACUGAGAUUAUCAUGGCAAGGCUAAUGUCCUGGAGACAGCUUAGCACGGGGAGUCUAUGUUUGCUUUCUUUCUGAAACUAAGGGCAUAUCAUGUUAAACACUGAAACACUGUGUUACAUUGAGUAAAGAAUGCAUUGAAGUGAGGGGAAAUGUAAAUUUAUUUAUCUGACGAUUGCUAACAGAUUAAAAUUAGCUGUCACAAUAGACCGAGUUAACAAGGCUUUUGAUUUCAACAUCUGACUUUUAAGUGGAGGAAUUUGUACAUUAAUAUCUUUUUUCAAACAAUGCAUAGUGUUUUUAGUUAAUCUAAGACCUUAAAGGGGACAUCUCAUGCUUUUAAAUCCUUUCUUUUCACCCUUAAAUCAUUCAGUUGUGGUCUAUAUAAAGUGGAACUGCAAUGCUUUGGUCUAAUUUUGCUUAUUAUUGUAGCUUCAUAGGCUCCUCUUUUACCCAUUUUGAGAUGCGUCUGAGAGCGACUCGUUUUGGUGCAGUCCCUUUAAAUGCUAUUGAGGCACUUCACACCCCGCCCCCCUCCAGGUUAAAGAGCAGUCCAGUCAUUUUUGUAGUUUGAUAACAGAGAUACAAUUAUCUAGCACCGCAAAAACAAGACGAUAACAGCAAAAACAAUUCAAAACUGUUAAUGUAAUAAUACUAUAUAUUCAAAGCACGCUGUGCGGUUAUGUCCUCAAGGAGCUAAAAGCAGCACACAGCACUGACAUAAGCAGAAGGCACAACGCUUCUGGUUUCAGAACAACGGCCAGGACGUCACAUCAACACAAUAUAUUCAUGUCUAAAAUAAAGUUUGUUGUCAUUUUAGCGUUAUUUGCAGCUUACAGCUUUGCUGUGUUCUUCGUUUCCAGAGACAGAAGGGACCCCUUAAUGACCCCUUAAUCAGAUGAAGUCUUUCAGCAAAUCCAUCUUGAUAUUGGCAGAGGGUACAGAAGAACUUGUCCUUGAAGUUCUUCACGCCAACAAAGAGGAACAUUUCCAUGAAAAAUUAAAUGUAACCAGGCACUUUGAAGAGGUUCUGAUGCCGGCGGAUGGUGUAAUAAUUUGUGUGGGUUAAUACACCCAGAAACUGAACAUUUAGACUUACCUACUUGCAUUGUCGGUAUGCUUGAGCGUGGACUACAGAAUUGUGGCAAGAAAUAAAAAGGGUGGAAACACGAAAUAGAUGAGCCGAAAAUUGAUGACCUUGUUUAGCUGUUCCGCAGCAAAUACUGUGAUGUAAGAGUUUAAAAAACGUAAUAGAGAAUAGAGAAAAUUUAACGGAUUGAAAAAUAUGACCCAAACAGAAUAUAUAUAUAUGUUUACGCAGCACCUGCAGAGACUAAAUUCAACUUUUCUGCACUCCUACAGACUCUAUGUACACAACAAAAUGUUUUUAAGAGUUAAAAAAGUGGAUUUUGCAUGAUCUGUCCCCUUUCAGGGUUCCCUUGAACAAAUAUGAUUACUUUUGGAGAGAGACAAGCUAGCUGUUUCCCCACUGCUCUCAGACGUAAUGCAAAAUUCAUUUGGUUUCAGGAUGACUUGUUUUAGGGUUGCCAAACAUCAUUUAUUGAAACCUUUCAGAUUUCACACUAUUCAGAAGCGCUCUGUGUGAAAAUGGAUUCGGAACACAUUUCGAUAUAUUUAAAGUCUGUGCAAAUCUGUUUAUUGAUCAUGAUUGUAUCGGUAAACCGUGGCCCAAAUAAUACUUUCUAUCUGUUUUUAUAUUUUUGUCUGUUAUGUUUCUCACUAAACAAACACUGAACCUUCAAGUAUUGGUCAUAAGUCACUACUUGUCAUCUACGGCCGAUCAAAUUCGUCAUCCAUAAUCGCAAAAGAUUUGCAGUAGUGUAACAUUUUGACAAUAUUUUCUUAAGUUACGUUUUAUUUCAAUUGCACUUCUCUUUUUUUCCAGACUAACCAUUAGAGAAUAUGUCAUUGAUAAUUCUCCAUUUAAGGCAAACUAAAAAUAGUCUAUUUUGAUUCAUAUAAAGCAUAUAAAAUAUAAUAACCAAUAACAAAUCAUUUGGUGGAACACCAGGUCCUAUCAUGGCUCUGAGAUAUUUGUGUUGCCUUUGAUACGUUCUCAUUAUGAAUAGUGCAUGUAUAUUCAGAUCGGAGGUGUAGAAAUCAAUGUUCCGCCUCAGAAAGAUAGUACGUUACUUUUGCCAGGAUGUCACAGUUUUGUUUUAUUUUAUUCAUUAAUUUUUUCAGUCCCGCUUAUAGAAUAACUGAUCUACCUGGAGAUGAAAUUUUAAUGCAACAUGAGAUGUGAGAUAUUAGUCAGCCUAAUUAAACUAAAGGUAUUAAGAACCUUGAUGUAGGUGAAUCUGCAUCAGUGCAGACAGCAUAACUUAUCGUGAUAGUAAAUACCGUUAUACAUUGUGGAGACAUUUGAGUAGCAGUUGUGUGGAUUCUGCAUUUUGCAACGUUCAGGUCAUGCAGCAGAACUUUUCAAUAUGUCCAAAAGGUUCUUGGCAGCAAGGCUGUGUGGUGAUCAAAAUGUGUAUGGGUGUCAAACACAUGACUGUGAAGCAUUAUUUACCAUGGCAUCAUGUCUUCCUACGUCAGUGAAACGAAACACAGAUAUGCACUUGUGGGAAGGGGAUACUAGUUAUUUCACUGAAGCAUUAGGCCAGUAACAGCUGGAUUUUGGUAACAUUUCUACGAGUGGAAUUGAAGCAAAUAGGUAAAACAAAAUCAUGUUAAAAGUGUCACGGAGUCAAAAAUUUGGUAAUCACAAUCUAAUACAAAUCACCUAAAGAUAAAAAUUUAACUAAAUUCAUCUGAUCAAUUUCCUUAACGCUCCAUAGAUUGGCUUACUUAUCCUUUUUUUAAGAAGUAGCUCUAGUAGUUUGUGUUUUAAAUGCAAUACAUGAUUACCCAUCUUACCUUUCAAAGGUUGGCAACCCUAGCUUGUAAAAUCUAGUGCCAUCAGUCCCCUCAUAAAUCGGAUUUUUUCAUUAUCAAUGAUUAUAUUCAGCUGAUCUCACCAGUUCAUAUACCAUGAUCAUAUUUUGACAGCUCAAAAAGUCCGCCAGGGUAGGGGGAGGACACUACUUCAUUAUGUGUGAGGAUGUUAACAAAACAUCCUCACUGAGAAUGGAAAGAGUGAAAAAUAUUUUUCUCAUCAAACAUAGUGUAGUUUUGUUUAAACACAAAGUAUUGCAUACAGUGUGAAAAGGAGGGAGGUAUUCAGAUAUUUACAGCUAUACCACAGUCAGGUCUACUCAGAAUGGUGAGAAGUGGGAAUAUUUUAUCAAACAUGGUGUAUCAUUUAAAACAGUCGUCAUUGCUAUUUGCACUACAAAGAAAGAGUCCACUUCUGAUUUAAAAAAAAAAAAAAAAAAAAAGUCAGAAGAAGUUCAGGUAAACAGUGGAAAUAUGGAUGAAUUAUUUCUAAUUAUUUUCAGUUACGUAAACAGAUUUAAUAGAAGAGUGGUUUGUGUCCAGCUCUAGAAUUUUAUUCUGGGGAUAUACUAGUGUACAUUGUCAAGAUUUAAACUGAGUAUAAUCUUGAUAAUUAUAUUUACUCUCAGCUCACUCUGUCUCUAUAAGGGCACCUAAAAGCUUGCUUUCCUCUGAAUGACUUUUAACAAUUUUAGCCUCAGUUUUAUUGUUGAUCUUAAAAAGCAGUUAAGUAAAUGCAAAGCAGUCUGAUGGCUGCACCUUCAGUCAACAUACACCACUUUUACAUCAGUUACUGUGUUAUCCAGCACAUUGGCAACAUUCAGGUCAAAAUGCCUCCCUGUAACAUUGCUUUACAAUGAACAGUCCAAAUGAAACAAUGACAAAACACAUACCAUCUCCUGAGAAAAGAGGAAACUGGAUAUUCCAACAAUGGCUAUCAAAGUUCUAAAGAGGAUGUUGGCUUCCCCAUCACACUGUUGCAAAUAACAGCCUGUUGGUGUGAACUGCUGGAUGUAGCAACUGAAAUCUCGACACUGGAAUCGAUGUCGAGAUUUUGGACACUUGUCAGACAACAUAUGGUUUCACUAAUCAUCAGGAUCAUAGAUACACUGUGGACCAGAGUUGAUGAGGAACAUAUAAGAGCCCAUAUAUGUUUAAUAAUAACACAAUAUUGGGCGUACUGCUGUGAUAUGUAUAGUGUAAGACACAAUGCAGAGCCCAAGAUCUGAUUCACACCAUUAUCAUCUUUUUUUUAAUUUAUUUUUUUAUUUGGACUGCAUUUAAUCAUCUCUAGUUCAAAAUCUGAAUUUCUCCAACUGGUCAAAUCUGAACCGUAUUUUUCAGUUAAUUUAAAAAAUAAUUUUAAUCUAAUUUAUUAAUUCAAUUUGUUAAUUUAAAAGGGUAUCUUGGGGGGAGGGGGGUCUCAUCCAUUGUGCCAUUCAUACAAGAACCUCCUCAGGUAACAACAGAUGUUCUUUCAUUUACCACAGUUAAACCUAAAGGAUUUUUACUUAUCAUUCCAGUUUUUGUUCUAAACCGGAUCUAAAUGUUGAACAUAUAUUGAAAAUUACUCAGAGAGGAGUUUCAAAAUGAAACAAAAUCAUCAGUGCAUCUUUUUGUAAAAGUCAUUACACAACAAGCAUCUGAACUACUGUUCAGUGACGGUGCUCUGUUCUCACCACUGUCUCAACCCAACUAUAUCAACUGUGAUCAAACUUUUUUAUUAUUUUAAAAUUAAUUUUAAUAUGGUGGUAGCACUAACCUUCAAUGCCAUAUUUUUAAUCACCAUCACUACAUUGACUUGUCAUGCUAGCAGUACUAUAGUACAUAAGAUAAUGAUCGAAUAUGUGCCAUAAGAGUUGAGAGAUUAAUACAUUAUGACAAUUUUUGUCUUGAAUUCAGAACUACAUUUUACAUGGAACACACUGUGUUGCUCCAGAUUUAUCAUCUUGGAUUAUUUGAGGGCAAUGAAGCUAUACGGUGAAAGUUUUUGUUUUCUGAUAGCCUGAUAUAGGAUUCCUCUCAUUUCUGUACUGUAUGUGACUGCUGUUUCAUCCCCAGGAAACAUUAUCUAGCCUCUCAUGCAGGUCAACUGAUGUUGUCACACAUAUUAUAUGACAGUAAAAAUGAUCUAGAUUUCAGUAUGAUGGGGAUAAAUACAUUUCAGUGUCCUGUAUCCUAUGAAUGAUGCAAAAUAAACUUUGACAUUGCACCUUUG